AUGAGCCUCAGGCCCGCGUCACCGUCCCAUGAGGAGCUGAUGAAGCGCAAACAAGAGCGUAAUCGCAAGAGUUUGGUUAUAGCGCUCAACACAUAUGCCAAGCGAAACAAUAUGCAGAUUACUGAUUUUGAGUUUGUGGAAGAGAAAGAAAGGAAUCUUGUUUCUGGAAUGCUUGGAGGAUAUGUGCAUUCCAACUUUGUGGUGAAAGGUGUAGAUGGCAGACCAACUUUGUUCUUUGCUGAGAUGGAGCAUGAUUGCUUCCAGGAAGAGCACUCUGUACUUUGCUAUCUUAUGAGCAGCGAUGACUCGGGUUGUUGUUUCGGGUGCAAUAAGCGAGCAAGGAAGCUCAUGCAUCCCACAUGUGGUGGCUACUUGGGUGGACUCGAGGAUGUGCCGUUUCCUUACGUGGAGGAGGAUAGUGAUGAUGAGUGCUUUCUUGAAUGAGUCUAUAUAUGUUUCCAACAAGACAAAGCCGUAAACUCAGUCUAGUUUCUAUGCUGAGUCCGUAAGAAGAUGGAGUGCUUUGGUCACAGCAGGCUGCGACAAGUAGGGGCCGAAGCAUAUGUACCUUUAUUAUUAAAGUUAUUAAUAACUCGAUGCCCCAAGAAAAAUGUGAUGUUAACUAGAAUCAUGCUUGUGACAAUUUCAUUUUGAUGGUUUGCUGUAACAAGUUAGAAUGGACGAUGAUGUAUCGUUAUAAAUUGUUGAUUUACAUUUUCAUUUUCCAGAGUGUGCCAUAUUUUUUAUAGCAAGAAGAUAAUAUUUGUUUACAAUGAACUCCAGAACAAUCAAAGGCCGAUUGUUAGUUAAGGCCGAGACGACACCAAAAAAGGUGGUAACGAUCGUUUCUCUCCCAUGGGCCUCCGGUGGGCAUAGCUUGCUUCACCAGUGCUACCUCAUUUGACUUGCUUUUGCUAAAA